AUGAGCCCGCCUGCGCCGCUAGAUGUUGAUAUGGUGGGGGUCACCGAUACCUCAGCUGUGCCUAUUCCCGACCCGUUGACCGUCAAUGGUGUCCCAGGAUGGCGCGAGAAGGUGGCGAACAUGCCCACUGGUGUCGCUGCGGCGUGCAGCAGUGAUAUGUUCAAGAGUCCGGCUUGCUAUACCAAGCCAAAGGCCAAGCGCUUCGAUCACAUGCUCUCUAUUGAGGCCAAGUCCCGCAAGGCCUCUACGUUGAAGACCGCUGCUCAGUACCUCAAGAACCCAGGGAUUAUCUCUCUUGGUGGUGGUCUUCCCUCUGCCGAAUACUUCCCCUUUGAACAUAUCGACAUCAAGGUCCCUAACCCACCCGGAUUCUCCUCGGAAGCCACACGCCAGUCUGGCUCGGUUGUGCGUGCCGGAAAGCAUGAUAUUAAGGAAGGAACAAGUCUCUAUGAUCUCGAAAUUGCGCUCAACUAUGGCCAGGCUACCGGCGCUGCUCAACUACUCCGGUUCAUCACCGAGCACACUGAGAUUAUUCACAAUCCCCCUUACUCUGACUGGCAAUGUACCAUGACUGCUGGUAGUACCUAUGCUUGGGAUACAGCACUUCGCAUACUAACCGAGCGUGGCGACUACAUUCUCAUGGAAGAGUAUACGUUUGCCAGUGCUGCAGAGACCGCUUUCCCCCUUGGUCUGAAGGCCGUGGGUCUUCCUAUUGACGAGGAAGGUCUUAUCCCUGAAGCUAUGGAUGAGAUCCUUAGCAACUGGGACGAGAAGGCCCGUGGCGCACGCAAGCCUUAUGUCUUGUACACCAUCCCUACCGGCCAAAACCCCACCGGUGCCACCCAGUCAGCUAAACGCCGCAAGGCUGUCUACAAGGUCGCCCAGAAGCACGAUAUCUACAUCGUCGAGGACGAACCUUAUUACUUCUUGCAGAUGCAGCCUUAUGUUGGACAGGGCGGCGCUGCACCUCCCCCUCCCGCUAGCCACGAAGAGUUCAUCAAGUCUCUCGUUCCUUCUUUCUUGAGUAUUGAUGUUGACGGUCGUGUGUGCCGACUGGAGUCGUUCUCGAAGGUCGUUGCUCCUGGCUCCCGAGUUGGUUGGAUCGUUGCCUCUGAACAGAUGAUUGAACGUUUUGUCCGUAACUUCGAGGUCUCCUCCCAGAACCCCAGUGGUAUCUCUCAGAUUGUGUUGUUCAAGCUCUUGGACGAGCACUGGGGUCACUCUGGAUAUCUGGACUGGCUCAUCAACCUGCGCCUGCAGUACACCGACCGUCGCGACGCGCUGCUCCACUCUUGUGAGAAGCAUCUGCCUACCGAGAUUGCCUACUGGGUACCUCCCGCGGCAGGCAUGUUCCACUGGAUUGAGAUUGACUGGCGCAAGCACCCCGGCGUCGCCGCCGGAAAGACCCGCGAGGCCAUCGAGGAGGAAAUCUUCUUGUCCGCCGUCGAGAACCAGGUCCUCUUGUCUCGCGGCAGCUGGUUCAAGGCUGACAAGUCAGCUGUCAUGGAAAAGAUGUUCUUCCGCGCGACUUACGCCGCUGCAACGUCGGAGAAGAUCGACGAAGCCAUUGCUCGGUUUGCAAAGUGUCUGCGUGACCAGUUCGGCCUGUAA